AUGUCAAACUCACCAAAAGACUACAUUAUAAUCGGUGGUGGGCUCGCUGGAUGCGCACUCGCCAGUCGGCUUUAUGAAAAGAACAAGACUCUUAAUAUCCUGAUCAUUGAGGCGGGAGCCAAUGCCGCCGACCACCCCCUCACCAAAAUCCCGCUUGCAUGUUUCGGUGCCCAUUAUUCUCCACUCGACUGGGCCUAUACGACGGUGCCACAGAAAAGCCUCAACGGCCGUCAAUGUUACAACAGCGCAGGCAAAGCCCUUGGGGGCGGCUCUGCCACAAAUUAUGGUACAUGGACUCGCGGAAGUGCUGCCGACUAUGACCGCUGGGCUAAGCUAGUCGGCGAUGAGGGCUGGAGCUACGACGGUCUUCUGCCAUACUUCAAGAAAACUGAAACACACUUUGAUGGUACAAAUACUGAUCCAGCUUUGCAUGGUACCGAUGGACCUAUCCAUAAUGCUUCGGUCUCUUCGAGUAGCCCUGACCGCAAGUACCCUUUGAGAGAACCACUGCGGGCUGCUUUCUCCAGGGUCGGUGUGGAAUAUGUGCAGGACGCAAAUGCGGGAUCACCGCUAGGACUGGGUGAGUUGGUUGAGAAUUGGCGUGCUGGCCGACGACAGAUUUCGAGUGAAGCUUAUGGUAUAUUCAACUGUCCUGGGAUUACUGUCUUGACCGAGACCAUGGUAAAGCGAAUUAUUCUCGAGGAGCGUGACGGCAAGAAAGAGAAAGUCGCAACAGGAGUUGAAGUGGUAGGGGGAGAGAAAUACUUCGCAUCGCGAGAGGUGAUUGUCUCAGCUGGGGCAUAUCGCACACCGCAGGUGCUGAUGCUCUCCGGAAUUGGACCGGCUGAACUACUCACGAACCACGAUAUCACGCAAAUUGUCGACGCGCCAGAAGUCGGCCGUAAUCUUCAUGACCACUUCUCAUUUGUGCGGUGGUGGAAGCUUCGGCAUCCGGAGCAAGGCUUGUCUAUCGGAACUCCGCUAUGGAGUGACCCGGCGUAUGCUUUAGGCCUCCCAGCCGACUGGAAUGCCACUGUGCAAGCUCCACGUGAAGUGUUGGUGGACGCGUUGAAGGCUGAUGGCGAGAGCGAGUCAGCUCUUGAGACGCAUCCUUAUCUUGUCACUGAUUCCUGUCAUGCUGAAAUUCUCAUUGUGUACGCCCCUGCCGGUGCGGCUGUUGCUGGUGCUGAUAUCCCGAUGGACGGCACGCAUAUUGCAUCAGCUAUACUAGGCAUGGUCCCCACUUCGAGGGGCUGUGUUAGUAUAGCGUCAGCUGAUCCAACGAGUCCACCUCUUAUCGAUCCUAACUAUUAUUCGACUGAAGUAGACCGUGCGAUCCUUCGGGCCGCCAUUCGACAGGUAACACAGGUUCUCUCUGAGACACCUGAGGGUAGAGAGAUGAUCGAAUGUGAGGCUCCACAUCCUGGAUUUAAUGCACUAAGGUCCGAUUCUACAGACGAGGAAAUCGACGCCCAGGUGAAGCAGGGAGGGAAUACAUUCUAUCAUCCAGCUGGUUCGGCGUCAAUGGGAAAGGUAGUAGAUACUGAACUCCGCGUUAAAGGUGUUCAGAAUCUCAGGGUUGUCGAUGCUAGCAUCAUACCUCUGCCGAUCACAGCACACUACCAGACAGUUGUAUAUGCGAUUGCAGAGAAAGCGGCAGAUAUCAUAUCUAACUAA